AAAUUUAGUUAGGAGGUAUUAGGAGACAAAUAUGUGAAAGAGAAGAGGCACAAGGAAGUGUUGAGGGAGGAGAGAGACAUAAACGCAGGCAGAGCUGCAAUUGCCAGAGUGGAAGCGGUCCUCCCCGGCUUUCCUUCUUUGUUCUUCUGCUAUAGUUUCAGUUCAUCUCAGUGGCGCACUAUUAAAGCACGAUUAAAGCGAGAUCUAGUGUUGGUUAAGCGGUUACCAUUUCACCACUCAAUACUCUUCUCUUUCUCGUAUAUGCGUAGAGAUUGUAUUGAUUGAAAUUGUUUUGGUGCCCUCUGAAAUAGAAGAUGGAAAGCGAAAAGAAAUCGUCGAUAUCCGAUGUGGGAGCGUGGGCCAUGAACGUUGUCAGCUCCGUUGGGAUUAUUAUGGCCAACAAACAGCUUAUGUCCAACAAUGGCUAUGCUUUCAGCUUCGCCAGUUCGUUAACUGGGUUCCACUUUGCCGUAACUGCUCUCGUCGGUCUCGUGUCAAAUGCUACUGGUUACUCAGCGUCAAAGCAUGUUCCCAUGUGGGAACUCAUUUGGUUCUCACUGGUUGCUAAUAUGUCUAUCACGGGGAUGAACUUUAGCCUCAUGCUCAACUCCGUUGGAUUCUACCAAAUAUCAAAACUGAGCAUGAUUCCUGUGGUUUGCGUGAUGGAAUGGAUACUUCACAAUAAGCACUACUCAAGGGAAGUGAAAAUGUCAGUGGUGGUUGUGGUUAUUGGUGUUGGUGUUUGCACUGUAACUGAUGUAAAAGUUAACUUGAAAGGUUUCAUAUGUGCCUGUUUAGCAGUUCUGUCAACAUCUUUGCAGCAAAUUUCAAUAGGUUCUCUUCAAAAGAAAUAUUCAAUUGGAUCGUUUGAAUUGCUAAGUAAAACUGCUCCCAUUCAAGCGCUUUUUCUUCUUAUUCUUGGUCCAUUUGUUGAUUACUAUCUUAGUGGCAAACUGAUAACCAACUAUAAGAUUUCUUCUGGUGCCAUUUUGUGCAUUAUUCUUUCAUGCUCGCUAGCUGUAUUUUGCAAUGUGAGCCAGUACCUUUGCAUCGGACGCUUUUCAGCCGUUUCCUUCCAGGUUUUAGGCCACAUGAAAACAGUAUGUGUUCUGACGUUGGGAUGGCUGCUAUUUGAUUCGGAGCUAACUUUCAAGAAUAUCAUGGGAAUGAUAAUCGCAGUUCUUGGCAUGGUAAUUUACAGUUGGGCUGUAGAGGCUGAAAAGCAGUCAAAUCCAAAGACAUUGCCUCAUCAUGCGAAAAACAGCAUGACGGAAGAAGAAAUUAGACUAUUGAAGGAUGGAUUAGAAAAGAUUCCUCUGAAAGAUGUUGAACUUGGCGAGCCUGAAGGAUAGAUUGACUCGGAUUUGGUGGUGAAUUGUUGAUAAAUGAUGCAGGCAAUUAUGUUGUGUAUUUCUUUGAUCUGCUUUGUGCCUUUUGUCUAGUCCACUUAGUAGUAAAACCUCGUUUCUAUUUGCUUACACUGGCACGGAUCCAGCUCAUAAGUAAUGUUUCUUUAUUAGUUUUAUUUGUUACUUUUGUUAUGUUGAGGUUAUUUAUUUGGUGUGCCAAGAAAUUGCUAGAUGAACAAUGUGAUGGCACCAUUAAGAUGUAUAAUUUGUACGCUAAUGAAAAGCGAUAUCAAUCCCCUAUAACACUUUUUUGUUUGUUAUGAA